CCUCGGGCGCGGUCCGUGGGCGUGACCCAGAGGGUGACAAUCGGGCGUGACCUGGAGCGAGCUCCGCGAGGGGAGAUUUUGUUUGUUUUGACACCAAGGAAGCUCCAUCGCAGGGGCGUCUGGCAGCGGGCGCUGUGUGUGUGUGCGCGCGCGCGUACGUGUGCACCGUAUGGAGGCGGCCUCCUGUGCCCAGCCUGCUGUUUGGGUGCGUGCGAUUCAGAGAUGUUGCGGCCGAUUGUGCGUGAAAGGUGGACGGAGUCGUGUUGCUGCGUGAGAUUUCCUCUGACUCUUCCCUUUUCCAAAGAGGAGCUCAAAAGAGAAGGUUCAUCUUUUGCAAAUCUCAAAGCCAUGCCUCAGGGAUCAGUGUCAUUCAAGGAUGUGACUGUGGACUUCACCCAGGAGGAGUGGCGGCAACUGGAACCAGCCCAGAAGGCCCUUUACAGGGAUGUCAUGUUGGAAAACUACUGCCACCUCAUCUCUGUUGGGUUUCAUAUGACUAAGCCUGAUAUGAUCCGCAAGUUGGAACAAGGAGAAGAACUAUGGACAACAGAGAGAAUAUUUCCAAGUAAGAACUACCUAGAAGAAGAUGGGAAAGCUGAAGAUGUUUUAGUGAAGUUCAAAGAAUACCAAGACAGACAUUCUAGAUCAGUCAUAUUCAUCAACCACAAAAAACUAAUUAAGGAGAGAAGUAAUAUUUUUGGGAAAACAAUUAUGGUAGGAAAAAACCAUAUUAUUUCAAAAACAAUACCAUGUGAAUAUAAACCUGAUGGUAAGGUUUUUAAAAAUAUUUCAGAAUUAGUCAGUAGAAAUAUAAGUUCUGUAAGAGAGAAGUUUGGUGAAAGCAAUGGAUGGGAGAAAUCACUCCUCAAUACUAAGCAUGAGAAAAUUCAUACUGCAGUGAAUCUCUAUAAACAGACAGAAAGGAGUCUGAGUGGUAAACAAGAGCUUAUUCAACAGCAGAAAGUUCAAUCUCCAGAGCAAUCAUAUGAACAUAAUGAAUGUGAAAAAUCCUUCCUUAUGAAAGGAAUGUUAUUUACACAUACUAGAGGUCACAGAGGAGAAAGACCCUUUCAGUACAAUAAAGACAGAAUAACCUUCAUUGAAAAGUCAAAUCUCAAUGUCCAUCCACAAACUCUAAUGGAGAAAAAGCCCCAUGCAUACAGCAAAUUUGGGAAAUUCCUCUGCAGGAAGCCUAUUUUUAUCAUGCAUCAGAGAUCACAAACAGAAGAGAAACCCUUUCAGUGUCCUUACUGUGGGAAUAGCUUUAGAAGGAAGUCAUAUCUCAUUGAACAUCAGCGAAUUCACACAGGUGAGAAACCUUACGUUUGCAAUCAAUGUGGAAAAGCCUUCCGCCAAAAGACAGCCCUCACUCUUCAUGAGAAAACACAUAUAGAGGGGAAACCUUACAUUUGUAUGGAUUGUGGGAAGUCCUUCCGCCAGAAGGCAACCCUUACUAGACAUCACAAAACACAUACUGGGGAGAAAGCCUAUGAAUGUACUCAGUGUGGAAGUGCUUUUAGAAAAAAGUCGUACCUUAUUGAUCAUCAGAGAACUCACACAGGAGAAAAACCAUAUCAAUGUAAUGAAUGUGGGAAGGCAUUUAUCCAGAAGACAACCCUCACUGUACAUCAGAGAACUCAUACAGGAGAGAAACCCUAUAUUUGCAAUGAAUGUGGAAAAUCCUUCUGCCAAAAGACAACCCUCACUCUCCAUCAAAGAAUUCAUACAGGGGAAAAACCCUAUAUUUGUAAUGAAUGUGGGAAGUCCUUCCGCCAGAAGGCAAUCCUCACUGUUCAUCAGAGAAUACAUACAGGAGAGAAAUCCAAUGGUUGUUCUCAGUGUGGGAAAGCCUUUAGUAGGAAAUCAAACCUCAUUCGUCAUCAGAAAACUCACACAGGAGAGAAACCAUAUGAAUGUAUGGAAUGUGGGAAGUUCUUCAGUUGUAAGUCAAACCUCAUUGUCCAUCAGAAAAUUCACAAGGUAGAAACCAUGGGAAUUAAGUAAAAAAUGUGACUUUUUUGUAAAAAAUUUAAAAGUCAUAGUGAACCCUGUACAUUAUGUUGCUUGCAAUUGUAAUAUUCAAGAGCUUAAGAUACUAUAUCACAUAUUUACCUGUUUCCUAGCCUAUAAAACACAAAAAAAAAUAAUUAGUAGGCAAAUUAAAUGACAAAAGUCAUUGAAAAUGUAAGCCUAAGUUUUUCAUUAGUAGAUUCAGCAGACAUAACAUCUGUUAAAAUUGCUAUAAACAUUUAAAAUUGCUUAUUUUAAUACAUAUCUUAUUCUGAACAGUUGGCCAACUGGCCACAGUGAGCAGAAGUGCUUUAAAAGAAAGGAGGUGUGAACUGCAUUUCUCAUUGAAAAUAUGGAAUAAAAAUUAGUGGUCACCUCUGCAAAGUUAAGCACAGUUCUGACUUCUAAUAUUAUAAAUAUAUAAAUUGGAUUCUACAUCAUGUAUUAUAUGGCUUGUUUCAUUCAUCACUGUUUCUAAACCUCAUCAUCAGUGCAUGUGGCAGUUUAUUUUCAUUCUGUAUAGAAUUCCAUUAUAUAAUUAUAUUACAAUCUACUCAAUCUACUGUCAAUGGACUUUUUCAUUAUAUGUGGCUUAGGUCAUAAUAAAUAGUGUUUCUGUGAACAUAUCUUUCAGUGUACACACAUUCAUUUCUCUUAGGAGAAAUGUAUAUACUUAAGAAUGGAAUUGAUGGGUCCUUUAUGUUCAGUCAACUUUGGUAGAUACUACCAAACUCAGAACUUACAGAGCAUGAGACAAUUCACUCAGAAGGAAAAUGUUUUCAAUAUGGUGAUGGUUCAAAUCAGAGAAUUCAUGCCUGAGGGAAACUCUAUGAAUGUUGUCAAAACUGGGAAUCCAAAUAUAAUGUGUGUAUAAAGGCUUUUACCCACAGCCCAAGUCUUAUUUUAAUACCAGACAAAUGUAAUAAAUAUGAGAUUGUUUUUAGCCAAUGGUGACUUAUUUGAAAUAAAAAAAAAUGCCUAUUAGAGAAAGCGAGGUACCUAGCGUCUUCCUCGCUCAAUGUUAAGAGAAUUCUAACUGAAGAAAAAUCCUAGGAGUAUAAUGAAGGGGGUAGGGGAUAACUUUUGCCCUGGCCUAUAUCUUUCUGGUAAUAUAAAAAGUGAUGAAUAUGAGAAAGCUUUCUGCCAUAGCUGAAUUCCUACAUACCACCACAGAAUUAACAUUGGAUGGGAACUCUUUAAAUGAAAUAAGAAUGACUGUAACCAUAGCUCAUUCCUUAUAUGACAUCAAUGAAUACAUACUAAAGGAAGAUUAAAACAGGAACAGAUGAGGCUUGGAACUCUAAAUAUAGGGAAAGUUGUUUCCAUGGAAGACAUCCAAUCAUAAUGAGAUCAUAACGAUCCAGAGUCUGUGGGCACCCUGAUCAAUUGCCACAACUAAGCUCCUAGCCAUCAUCCAGUAUCAUCUGCCAACUAUAUGAAUGAGCCAUCUGGGACAUCCAGCCAAAUCUUCAGAUGACUGUAGCCCCUGCUGACAUUGAACUGGAACUAAUGAGACCCCAAACAAACUGCUCAGCUAAGGCCCUCUCAAACUCCUGACCACAAAAUGAUUAUAUUUUUCCAAAUUAAAUUUGAUAAAAAGGGAAAAUAUUAGUAUCUAUUUAUCUUAUAAAAAUAAGAUACAGAUAUUUGGGUUCCUGAUUCAAUGAUCAAAGGUAUGGUGACUACUCGGUGAUUUCGGCAUAAACAAACACUGGUCCUGAAAUACAGUUGAAGAUUUGGUUUUAUGUCUUGUUUACAAUUAUAUACCUAAAUAACAAUGAUGAUUCAUAUAUGUAUCUCAUUUUCUGGCAGUAAAGUAUACUUAUCAACUUGGUUAGUUUAUCUAUGCAAAUGCACACUUUUCAAUUUUGCAAAAAAAAAAAGAAAAUAGUUCCAAAAGACCUGCUGUGGGUAAUGCAGAGGGAAGCAAGUUUAUCUUCAAUAGAGCCUCCGCAGUCAUUUCCAUGAGGUUCCUGAACUAAGAUGCAGAGAGAAAUAAAAAAUGGAAUCUAAUGCAGAUAAGUACAGCCAUGUUCUUGUAGGAGGUACUUUUAAAUGCUUUGAAGAAGUUUAAAUGAAUUUUUGCUUUCUAACAGCUGUUCAUAAGAAGCUGCUUCUCAGGAAAAUUAGUUCUAAUAAUUUAUAAUUUGGUAAGAAACAGGAUUGGGCUAUAUUCCAGACUCCUGUAUGAAGAUUUCUUUUAAGAAGUUGGGGAUGUUCUUUCUAAUUAAUUUUUAUGGAUUUUUAUUUUGUAAAUGAAUAUAUGAAAUGAAGACUUUGCAUCUAAAUAAUCUAAUGGUCAGUGAAAUUUGGGUAGCUCUGGGGAGUUAACAUGGUUUUGGAAUCGAAGUCUGCUUACUCCUAAAUAUAUGCAACAGAAUAGGAAUUAAUUUGCAAAUUCAUAUUUUAUAGACCUAACUGCAAUGCAAUGUCAUUAGAUGAAAAAUAAUUAACAUGUAUAAAGAUUUCAUCAGUUCAAAAGGACUAACAAGACUCCACAAAGCACAUCCAUGUAAUGCUUUCAUUUAAAAGCAAAGGAUGUUCUUCACCAAGAGGAAGAAAGGGUAGGUAAGCGUUGGUGGGGGUGUCUGUCUGAGAAUCAUCCUCGUGCAAGCUCCCUAGUGUCUUCAUUCUGUCUCCAGGUUAAGCCACUAAGAUCUGUGUGAUCUUUUCUUUGGGAGAGCUCAAGGCAGAAGUUCCCAGCACGGGCUUUUAUGGCCCUCUGUUCACUGGUUACAUAGUCAAGCUGGGCUAUCUAAUCAUUUAUGUGAUUAAGCAUACUGGCUCUGGGAGUCUCCAGGGGAGUUUUGGACUUUAAACUCAUAUAUCUCUGCUCUAUCAAGAGCCAAAGCCAGACAUCCAAGCAUCAUGAAGAUAAUGUCAGAGCUUUUCCAGUCCAACUGUAAGUCAACUCCGUCUAAUAAAUAUGGUU